AUGGAGUCAUUCAACCUGCCAUACGGCGAGCUGUUACAGCAUCUGACUACGAGCGAGAAAAUAAGCCUUCUAUCAGGUUCCGACUUUUGGCAUACGCAAAGUAUCCCGCGACUAUCGGUUCCUAAACUUCGCAUGUCGGACGGUCCCAACGGAGUUAGAGGCACAAAGUUCUUCAACAGCGUUCCCGCAGCUUGUCUUCCUUGCGGCACUGGACUCGCAGCCACAUGGAGCCAUGACAUGAUGCGCGAGGCUGGAGACCUUAUCGCAAGAGAAUGUCAUGCCAAGAGCGCACAUGUAUGGCUCGGUCCUACAACCAACAUUCAAAGGAGUCCACUAGGCGGCCGCGGCUUCGAAUCCUUUUCCGAAGACCCUUUGCUUGGUGGAAGCCUGGCGAGCGCGCUCAUCUCUAACGUCCAGAAGAACGACAUUGCUUGCUCUCUUAAACACUUUGUCGCAAACGAUAUGGAACACGAACGAACUCUUGUAGACUGCAGGAUCAGUCCCCGAGCCCUACGAGAGAUUUAUCUCCUCCCCUUCCAGAUCGCCAUUCGAGAUGCCGACCCCUGGGCCCUCAUGACAGCGUACAAUAAAGUCAAUGGACAGCACAUGAGUGAGCACCAAGACAUACUACAAGAGAUAUUGAGGAACGAAUGGGGCUACCGAGGUUGCAUCAUGAGCGAUUGGUUUGGAACAUACUCGACAGCUGCAGCUAUCAACAACGGCUUGGAUCUCGAAAUGCCAGGCCCAACAGAGCAGAGGGGUAAACGGGUCGCAACAGCACUUGGGGUCGGCAAGAUUAGGAGCAGUACAAUUGACGCAAGAGUGGCCUCGGUCCUCAGGCUCGCCGAUCGCGUCAGGGAAUCUGGCAUUCCCGAAUGUGGCCCCGAAUCAUGUCUUGACACGGACCAAGAUCGUAGCGUGCUGAGGAGGUUAGCGACAGAAAGUGUUGUUCUCCUCAAAAACGACGACCAUGUGUUGCCUUUCCGUGCCGACAAGAAGACUGUAGUCAUCGGACCCAAUGCCCAGAAGUCUUUCUUUUGCGGUGGUGGAUCAGCGUCGCUGCGGCCUACACGAGUCGUCUCGAUACUUGAGGGUCUCCGAGACAAACUCGAACAACCCGUAGAGUACACCGAAGCCUGCCAGAUCUACAAUCAACUUCCAGUGCUGGGCGAUAUCAUUAGAGCUCCUGACGGGACGCUUGGGCAAUUCCUAAUGAGCAUUUACACCUCGCCACCAACAAUGCAGCAACUGAACAAUAACGAAAUCACGGAUACCCGGGAGGCUAUAGAAGUCCUGCAGCUCGACGACUCCAACGUGGUUUUGUACGACUAUAGCAACCCUGCUGCACCUGAUAAUGUUGUAUAUGCUACCAUAGCUGCCGACCUGGUUGUCGACAACACGGAUACGUAUGCCUUCAGUCUCACUGUCGCUGGAACCGCAACAUUGUAUCUUGACAAUGAUCUCAUCGUUGACAACUCGCAUGAUCAGAAGAGGGGCACCAGCUUCUUCGGCUCCGGAAGUGCCGAGAAGAUUAAACACGUACAACUUGUCGCCAACAGAGUCUAUAAGCUGCGAUGUGAGUUUGGCAGCGCCGCGACCUCCAACUUGAACAAAGCAGGAGCACCUGUAUUUGGCGCCGGCGGUGUCCGUAUUGGCUGUGCCAGGUGCUCCAACGAGUCUCUUGAGCUUGAUCGCGCUGUUGAACUGGCCAAGGAAGCGGAUCAAGUGGUUGUCUGCGUCGGUCUAGGCCCUGAAUGGGAAUCAGAAGGUUCCGACCGUGCAUUGUACGAACUCCCCGGGCGGCAAAGUGAACUCUUAUCCAGAGUCACAGCAGUCAACAAGAAUGUCGUUGUCAUCGUUCAGUCUGGCACUCCCGUAUCUGGUCCUUGGGAUCAAGUUGCUGCUGUGAUGCAGACCUGGUACGGUGGUAAUGAACUAGGCCACGGUAUUGCAGACAUAGUCUUGGGUAGAGAGAGUCCCUCGGGGAAGCUCCCCUUGUCUUGGCCUUGUUCUAUUGAGGACAAUCCUUCCUUCCUUAGUUACAGAAGCGAAGCCGGCACAUGUUACUACAACGAAGACAUCUUUGUUGGAUACCGUUUCUACGAAAAGGCCAGGAGAAAGGUACAAUGGCCUUUCGGCUUUGGUCUAUCGUAUGCGUCCUUCAUCCUCGAGCAACCAAGUGUGCAGAUACGAGGCAGCGGUGUCGACGCGAACAUGCUCGUCACCGUACCUGUUUACAACAACUCGGCCGCCACAAGCGGAAAGGAAGUGAUACAGGUCUAUGUGAGCUGUAUUACACCAUCGGCAGUCAGGCGUCCUGUCAAAGAGUUGAAGGGAUUCACUAAACUUUUCGUUCCGGCCGGCGAAACGAGGCAGGCAACCAUCGAGAUUCCUAUCAAAACCGCUGUGAGCGUUUGGGACGUCACAACCGAUUCCUGGCUAAUGGAGAAGGGGACUUACAAGCUAUCUGUUGGCAACAGUAGUGAUUCAGCACUGCUUUCUACUCAAUUUCAAGUGCCAGUCACUCAGCAUUGGAGCGGGCUGUAG